CAGCUGCGUUCGCCGCUGUCCUGUCUGGCUGCCCGGUGUCUGCUCCGCUGCUCCGCUGCUCUACCCCCGCUCCUACCCCGGACCCGAAGCCUCUACCUCCUCGUUCACCACCCCCGGCUCCCGGACCUCCCCACCCCCCUCUCCGCCCGGUGAAUGCACCAGCGCCGUAAACAUGACGGGCAUCGCCGCUGCUUCGUUCUUCUCCAAUUCCUGCAGGUUCGGGGGCUGCGGUCUCCAGUUUGAGUCUCUCGCCGAGCUCAUCGUCCACAUCGAGGACAAUCACAUCGACACUGAUCCGAGGGUUCUGGAGAAGCAGGAGCAACAGCAGCCCACUUACCUGGCCCUAAGCUACAUCAACAGGUUCAUGACGGAUGCAGCACGCCGGGAGCAGGAGACCAUGAAGAAGAAGGCAACACCCAAGUUAUCCCUGUCCAUCACCGGCGGAGUGUCCAGGAACAGCACGGCCACGCCACCCCGCCACACCAGCGGUAACCUGACGCCUCCCGUCACGCCCCCCAUCACCCCUUCCUCCUCAUUCCGCAGCAGCACACCUACAGGCAGUGAGUAUGAUGAGGAGGAGGUAGACUACGAGGAGUCUGACAGCGAUGAGUCGUGGACCACAGAAAGCGCCAUCAGCUCUGAGUCCAUCCUGAGCUCCAUGUGCAUGAAUGGUGGCGAGGAAAAGCCGUUCGCCUGCCCUGUCCCUGGGUGUAAAAAGAGAUACAAGAAUGUGAACGGUAUCAAAUACCACGCCAAGAACGGCCACCGCACACAGAUUCGUGUGAGGAAACCCUUCAAGUGUCGCUGUGGCAAAAGCUACAAGACCUCACAGGGCCUGAGGCACCACACCAUCAACUUCCACCCGCCCGUCUCCACCGAGAUCCUUCGCAAGAUUCAAGGCUAAGAGCCAGCGCUCACACCAAUCAACUUCCCCUAAACGAAGUCCUGACUUUCCUUACCCAUCCUACAUACACUAAAGGAUCAAGUGCAUGCUUUAAGUUUUCUUUUUUCUUUUUUUUUAAAUCAUGAUUUUGUUUGCAUUACAUUAGUAUUUUUUUUUUCUAUCCAUGCUAUAUCACUUGUAUUUUUUGGGAAACAAAAACUAUCUUUGUAGUAUUUUUAUUGAUGUACAUUUGCACAUUCGUAUAUACUAUCACAUUAUUUUUUUCUAUCGUUUGACUUACAUAAGGUGCUAACUGUAAAAAACAACAGAAAGAAAAGACAAAAAAACAAAUAUGAAAGUUAAAAAAAAAAAAAAAAAAAAAAAAAAAAGGAGAAAAGACAGAGGU